CUGUCAGCUGUUGUGAAAAAAAUUAUUACUGUUAUUUAUUUAUAAUAUUGUUAUUGUUCGUGUUAUCAUGGUUUGAUAACUAUGAUUUUUGAAUGAUAGGGAUGAAUAGUGGAAUUUAUGUUACAGCCCUUACAACUGUGAUCCUGGGCACUAUAUUGAUUUACCCAUCAUGCUUCUCGUAUCUCCUUUUUAUAGUUUUAUUUGUGAUAAGUAUUGUUCUGGGCACAUUUACAGCAUUAUGGAUAAAUAUUUUGCUCUCUUUGCCACAUAAAACAAUUGUCGGAGCAGAACACACAUUAAAACAAACUGAGCAUUUCAGGAAUAAAUUAAUGAAAGAAUAUGAUACAGCAAUUGCAAAGGUGACUCCAACAAACCUACCAAAUAUAUUUGGAAGAACUGUAGACAGUUUACUUCAACAACUUUUAGAUUAUGUUAUAAGAGACUACAUAUUAAUAUAUGUUAAAGACUAUGCCUAUGAAAUUGAAUCUCUAGGCAUUAAUAUCAAGGAUGAUUUAUGGGGGGCUGUUAAUGCUUUGCACGAAAAAUUAUCUAGAGUGGACCAUGCAAAACUUAUAGCCUGUGAUGUUGUUUCAAAAAUUACAUACCACUUUGAAAGAAUUAGGGAGUCAAAAACUUUAGUUAUUGAAUCUGAUCGUCCACCAAUUUUCCAAUUAUCGCCACAUGUAAUGUCUUCAGAAAAAGAAAUUGAAUAUUUGCGAACCGUUAGUGAACUGCUUAUUAUGUUCUUAUUACCAAGGUCUUAUUCUUUGUCUCCAACAAAAUAUUUGGUCAGAGAAGUGUUAUGUUGUAAAGUUUUCAAACCCAUCAUCGAUAUUAUAACAGAUCCGGACUUCUUUAACCGUAAUGUUAUAAGUUACAUAGAAGCGAACAAAGUACAUGUGAAUUUACCCAAAAAAGCUUUGGAGAAUGCUAAUAAUUUUGAAGACCUUAUAGAUAGAAUCGAUGACAUACAAGUUUUAAAAUCUAUACGGUACAAUAUAGUAACGAAACUCAUGCAAGCUACGACACUGCAAAAUUUGAAUCGCGCAAAAGGUGUCGAUUUAGAUAACGACAAAGUUACCCUCUCUUCUGCUGGGAUACAGAAAUCUGACAUUAACGCUGCCAAAAAGCUCAGAAAACAUAUAAACCAAUUGACUUUUGCUAAGAAUCACUGCGAAAAGAAGUUGAUUAGUCUCGGUUGGGAUUCUGGUUAUCAGUAUGGAGAUGAAAUAAAAAGAGUUUUGUCCCUUCCGAUGAUACUGGAGCAUGUCCUAGGCAGAAAGUACUUAUCACAAUUUCUACAAACCUUAGCCAGCCAAGACUUGAUAAGGUUUUGGACCGCGGUUGAAGAGUUGCGUACAGCGCAAAGAAAAAACUGGCAUCAGUUGGGUGCAGAGAUAUUUUAUACUUUUAUAAGAAAUCCCACUUCUGAAAUAAAAGUUGACAAAGGUACAAAGAAGCGAAUGGAAGCAUUUUUAUUAGGUGACAAGGGUCCGGAAGUAUUUUACGAAGUUCAAGCGCAAGUGGUCCAGACAAUUGAAGAAAAAUAUUAUCAGCCAUUUUUAAUCAGUGAUUAUUACAAGGAAAUGGGUAUUGCAAUGGAAAGUGAAGAGGACAUGAUUGAAGUUGACGGUAAUAGAUCCAUGGAGGAAAGGCAAACAUCAACGGAUUCUGCUGGUAGCCCAGAAAGUGGGUUGAAUGUGGGAGAUCACUCUAACUAUGCAAGGCGAAAGUUGGAUCAGUUGGAGGAAAAAUUGAACAAUAAAACAAUGGCACUGGAGGCUCUAAGAACUUCGAUGAAACCAGAGUCGAAGGUUUUAGGCAAAUUAGAAAACGAAGUAGAAUGGUUGCAAGGUGAAAAACGUCAGUUAGAGGCUCAUUUAACGAGAACUGAGAUAUGGGCUGAAAAUCUUGGUAAAUGGAAAGCAGUUGUGCAAAGCGCAGAGAUUCCUGACGAGAAGGAGCCCCCGCAAUUUGUCUUGGUCGUACAAAUGGAGGAAGACGACGUAUACGAGGGCGAAGGUGCCAUAUGCACAGGAUGGGUUGUGUGCAGGAGUUUAACUCAAUUUCAGGACCUUCACAAGAAGUUACGACCACUGUGUUCAGAGAUUCGUAGCUUGGAGUUGCCUUCCAACACGUUUAAAUUUCUUUUUGGGAAAACUGACAAGUUGUCUUUAGAAAGGGCGAAGCAACAGAUACAGAAGUACUUAGAUUUUGUUUUAAGAGAUGAUAGACUUAACCAGAGCGAGGCGAUAUAUUCCUUUUUAAGUCCCAGUUCAGAACAUUUGAAACAUUCCACUCCAAGUCCCAAAAAGUCCAGAUUUUUCUUCUCGACUUUGUUUAAAAGUGGUAGUGAGCAAAGCAAAGAUUCCUAUUCCGUCUUGAAGGAGAGCGAAGAAGAAGACAUCUCGCAAUGCCUAGAACCGCCACUCACCGACACAGUAGACUUUAUAAAGUCCAAUGGAAACGCUGUGAAAAUAUGUGACGACAAUAAAGACACGAUAGCCGAACCCCUCUAUGCACUCCUAAGCGAAAUAUUCGACAUGAGGGGAGUCUUCAAAUACGUCCGAAAAACGUUAAUAGGUUUCGUUCAGGUAACGUACGGACGUAACAUCAACAAACAAAUCCACGAGACGAUAUCAUGGUGGUUCUCGGAAGAAAUGUUGCACUAUUAUAUCACCCUAGUAUUAAAAAAUUUCUGGCCCGGCGGUAGUAUCGCCGAUCCGGGCCCACAAAGAACCAAAGAAGAAAGACUGCAGACCGCCAUUAAGGCACAAGAAAUGUUUAUUAAUAACGUACCUGAGGUGUUGACGACGCUGGUUGGGAAUAAUGCUGGGAAAAAUGGUGCUAAGAAGGUCUUUGAUGCACUGCAAGAGAAGAACAUGAACAAACAUCUACUUUACGAACUGGUUGAAGUUACUUUGGAUGCUAUAUUUCCGGAAUUAAGUUAAUAUCGACUACUUUUAUUCAGUAUUUUAUGUUUUUUAUGAUGAUAUUUCUAUUUUAUUACAUAUGAAACAGGAUAUAUGAACAGAUAUAUUUUAGCAUUAUAUUUAUGAAUGGACUUGGUUUACAUGUAGAUGAACAUCGUACACAGAAAAAAUGAUUAUACUAUUUUUUAAAAAUACGUUUAUUUUUUACACAAAAAAAAAACUUAGCCGAACUGAACGUUGUUCAAUUAUUUCAUGGUAUAUUAUUAAUUCAACUACAUUCCACUAUUUAUUUGUGCAAUGUUUAUAUUUUAUAAGUAACUAACCAGUGUGUAACUAAUAUUUUAUUAACUUGUAGCGAAAUUGUUAUAACUUAUUAUAUGUUUGUUUUUUUUUCCUUAUUUGACUGACAAAACAAGUAGCAUAUUUUAGUGAAACCAAAAAUUAAAUUAUACAGGGUGUCAAAUAUGAGCAUAACUUUUAAUCUGUCUAAUGUGAGAACCAACCUUAAUAUUUUUUUAUGCAAAUUUGAAACCACGUAAACUGCAUUGCCUAUCGAGAAUUAAUCUAUUAUAUCACACAUUUUCACUGCCUAAUAUAAUAUAAUAAGUUUUAUAUAUACAGAAAUUAAAGAAAAUAUUAUGUAAGUAUAAUAUUUAAUAAUAUCUAAAGUAUUUUAUGGAUUAAUUUUAUACUUGUAGUACUACUAAAUUUUAUAAAUAUAAUACAUAUUUAUAAAAGAAAUCUAUGUAAGCGAUUAAACCCUGUAUAUUUUUUGUGACAUAGUUUUAGGUUUUUCUCUGUUUAUUGGGUAUUUUGCCAGCCAUGAAAAAAAUAGUUAAACGGUUCCUUCCCCUAAAAGAAUCAAUCAAGAAUUUGUUUUAUUAGAUUUUACUCAACUAAAAAUAUCACACUGAAGAGGACAGACUAAUUAAAAAUACUGCAAAUUUCUAUUACAGUUAAUGUUUCAAAAAAUCAAUCUUUUUCCCUUUUCAAAACUGGGAAUAACAUUUCGUUUUUAUUUAUCAAACAAAUU